UCUUUCGUCUGAUUCGUUAAAAUAUAAUGCGCAGACGUGAAACUGACUUCCCUUGCCGGUUGACAAAUAAGCAUGGAAAACGAUAUUUUGGAUUCCCUGGAAGAUCUUGGGUAUGAUGGGUCUCUACUUGACCCCGCCGCUCUUUCUGAGGCUGUCAGUCAGGGUCCCGCCUCUACAGAAUUCACUAAACUGGUAUCAUGGCUGACAGACAGACUAAAGGACUUCUGCGGACUAGAAGAAACCAUCCAUGCUACACACUCUCCAGAUGAUGCUGCCAAUUUUGUAAUGGAACUCAGCGGUUGUCUCAGAGAAUUAAAUUGCCCAUACACUAGCUUGUAUGAAGGGGGACCAGUGACUGAAAGACUUAAAACCAAAGAAAGUGCUGUACAAUUGUUAGAUUAUCUUACAUCCGAGCUACAGACUGCUCAUAUUCUUGCUGUAAAGAAGCCCCAGGAGCUAAGGUCCACUACCUCACCAGACAACCAGUCUAUUGCAAAUGAGUCAGACAUUGCAAAACAUCUGAAGAUUAUGCUCAUAGCUCUUGGAUUUCCAAAACCACCUGCAAACAUAAAUUCCUUCCAGCUCUUCAGUAAAGUAGAAACAAAGGUAAAUGAAUUAAUGAGUAAGAACCCAGGUGUUAUAAGUAAGCCCCUGCUGAAGGCUCGUCUGUCGGACAAGCAGUGGGAACAGAUCAUGAAGAUCAACGACAGCCUGGUGAGAGAAUACACCACGCGGCGGGAGAUGAUCCUGAAGCGUCUGGAUGUCACCAUACAGUCAUUCAUGUGGUCAGAGGCAGCAAAGAAAAGAGAAAAUGAGAUUGCUGCUGUGUACCAGCCUGUUAGGAAACUAUUAAAAGCUUCUUGUGAUCUGUCUGUGGCUGACAUUUUGUCUGCUAGAGAAGAUUUAACUUAUGUACACAAGACAAGCAGUGGUGAUGCAAGAGUCAGAUGUGCAAUAAACAAAGUGAAAAUUCCAAAGGUUCCUGAUAGGGGUGGCAGAGUCUGGGAACAAGAACCGCCCCCACCAGAGAUGCCCUCUUUUCAAAAACGGGUAGAUCAACCUCAAGGUCAAAGGCCACAAAGUGGCAGAGGAGGUAGAGGCGGUCGAGGAGGACGGAGUGACAGAGGGGGCAAGGUCCAGGGAGGCUGGGGGGAUCAACAGCAGGGGCAGAGUUAUGGAGGAACCUGGAACCAGAGUGGGGGAGGAUAUGGUGGGGGAGGGGGGAGGGGAAGGGAUCACUAUCAGCAGGAUGGAGGCCAUCAAGGGGGAGGAUACCAAGGGGGAUAUAAUGAUGGUGGUCAUCGAGGUGGAGGGCGUGGAAGAGGAGGCCGGCCAGGGAGUGGGCGUGGCAGGGGGAGGGGCAAUUAUUAAUGGUGUGCUUUCUUCAUGUAUUAUCUUUAUGCUAUGGGAUGCAAGCUGAAAAUUUGUGACUGAAAAUUAUGACAUAUAUCCACUGCAAUUUUGCAUUUGUUUUAUUGUUUCAUUAAAAGU